AUGGGUCAGGCGCUCGUGUCGUCCGGCAUGUGGCCGUGUAACAUCUUCGGCGGCGUUAAAGCGUGUGUCGCGGUGCCUUCUAACGGAGCGUUCAUGCAGCAGUGCGCGAACGUCGCCAAGUCGGAGGUGGACUGCGCUUAUAACCGCGAGACGCUGAGUGACAUUAACGAGGAUCCGAAUGUGAUUAUGAAGGAGAAGCUCGAAGAAGCAGGCUUCGAGCCAUGUCCCGCGUGUUUGGAUGCGCUGCACCGCUUCUGGUGCGGCCAGACCACCCCCACGUGUGGCACCUUCGCUAAAGUGGUUGACGAAAUCUUGCCUGAAAUGAGGCAAGUCAGUGCUGGCAAGUUGAAGCCAGACGAGCUCGUUCAGUCAGCCCUGCCCCGCAUGCUCCAAGCCUUUUCUCUCGGGCUGCCCUGCCGCAAAAUGUGCGAGGCGGUUACCGCCACCUGCAGCUGCGGCCGACCGGCCACGUUCGGGCAGAUGAUGAAAGUUUUGGAGCUGAAGCGCACGCAGCAGCAGGCAGAAGGGGAGGGCGCGGCGGGCAGGCCCCUGGCGGAGAACAAAGAUUUGAUUCCGUUUGGGUUCAGUACGAACAUGUCUCUGGCUACUGCUGUGAAGAUCUUCAAAGGGGUGUGGGACCGACCCGUCUGCGACUUGUUUGCCCCACAUGACGCGCCUGGCUUCCAGGGCGUGUGUGAGACGUGGUGGGCGGGGGCGGACAAGAACCAGACGACAUGUCGCUGGUGCGAGUCAAAGCAGCGGCCAGAGGACAUGGACGAACAGAUAGUGGCUCAGAUCGCGCAGUCCGUGUCCAGCAUGAUGCAGGCUGGUCUCGAACAUGUUCUUUUUGCUGCCGCCUUCCCGGUUCCCACCCUAAACGCUGCCCGCACCACCACCACCACCACCCCCUCCUCGUCCUCCUCCUCCUCCUCCUCCUCCACUUCCUCUGCUGCCUCUGCUUCUGUCUCUGUUUCCAAUGCCAGCCCUGCAACUGCAACAGCUUCUGCUGGUGCUGCUAAUGCUGGUGUUGCUGUCGCUGUCUCUCCUGCUGUUGCCCCUGUAGCUGACACGGCUGACGCAGCAGCAGUGGAGCAGGCAGAGGAGGAGGUGGAGCAGGAGGAGCAGAAAAGCUUCGACUGGCAGGACGACCAAACCGGGCUACCCAAUCCCGAGCCUGUUCAACUACCCCCUGACACUGUUCCUCCCAAGCUUAUCGACCCUACCGCCGAACCUGGUGCCAAGCCUGCCGCUGAACCGGGUGGGAAGGCUGCAGCCGAGCCUGGUUCGGAUGGGCCGGGGUAUUUUAGAGAAGCAGCGCCGGGGGAUUGGGGGUAUAAAGAGUCAGACGAGGAGAAAAUGGCAAAGAUGAUGCGAGGGGAGGGGAUGGGAGAGGAAGAGGGGGAGGUUCCAUCUGGGAAAGGUGGUACCGCGGGUGGAAGGUGGGAAGAGGUGAUGAAUGGGAUGAUGGGGGGGAGGGGAGGGCGAGGAGGUGAGGGGGGGCGAGGGGAGAGGGAGAGGGGAGAAAGGGGAGGGGCAGAGGGCAGAGGUGGUGCAUGGGAGGGGGGUUCCGCUAGAGGGGGUACGAUGAUGCGAGGGGGGCCGGGAGAAGUUGAGGGUGGUGAGAAGGAAGGAGAGAAGGAAGGAGAGGAGGAGGGAGCGGUGGAGCCAGGAGAUUCCAGGGGUUCUGCUGUUGCAAGCGCAGGCACGACUUCUCCCAGUGCUUCGCGAACCGAACCUUCCACCGAGCCUGGAGAACCGGAGCGGCCACCGGUUUGGGAGAAGAAGGAAUGGCAGGAGAAGGGAGGGGAGCCGAGCUCCGAGUGGCGGUCGGAAAAGCCGGAGGAGCCGGUGGAAGAGGGUGGGGGGAAUGUGUGGUAUCGAGGGCAUGGGGAUGAUUUGCCCAUUCCGCCAAGAGAGGAAAAACGCGGGUCGCCUUUGGUGGCGACGAUUUUUAUUUUCUUUGCGGCUGUGGGAGUGGUGGCAGGGUUGGCGUUUUGGAAGAUGAGGAGGGAGCGGAGGGCGAGGGAUGCUCAACCCAUCCCCGUGCCACGAGUCGCUGACGGCCCGGCAGCACUGGUGGGAGGCGCCGCCAGCUCAGCACAGUCCGCGAUUGGUGGCGCUGCGAUCCCGGUCCAGAAUCUGAUUGGGGGCGCCGCGAGCGCGGCUCAAAACGCAAUUGGCGGCGUCACUGGUGCGGCUCAGGGCGUGAUUGGCUCUGCAACCACCGCCGCCCAGACCACGGCCGGCAAUCUUGUGAGGACCGUUGGUGGCGCUCUUAACGGAGUUCAAACCACCGCUGGUGGCGCCGUCAACACACUUCAGGGCAUCGCUGGUGGCGCCUUGAACGGGGUUCAGACCACUGCUAGCAGCGCGCUCAACGCUGUUCAGAGCACUGCUGGGGCCGCGCUGAACGGAGUGCAGACAGCAGCUGCGGGAGCAGCGGGCGCGGCUCAGCGCACCCUCGGAUCUGCCCUCAACACGGUUCAAACCAUCGCCCAAGACCCGCUUGGAGUAGUGCAGAGCACGGCUGGGGGAGCACUUAACGCAGUCCAGACCGCUGCCCGAGACCCACUUCGUACAAUCCAGAGCACUGCUGGUGGCGCACUCAAUGCAGUUCAGACCACGGCUGGGAGCGCCUUGAAUGCCAUCCAGAGCACAGCUGGUGGAGCUGUUGGUGUGUUGCAGACUGCUGCUGGUGGCGCUCUAGGGGCGGUGCAGGGAACAGUUACCAGCCUGGGAAACGCUCUGACUGGCACUGCUCAGCAGCUCGCUACUACUGGUCCCGUUAACACUAUAAGAAACGCUGCUGGCACAGCUGCGAGCAACGUGGGCAGCACUCUGAGCGGGCCUGCUGGGGCGAUUCAGGGAGUGGCUGGCGCUGCUGUGGGCAAUGUUGCGAGUGCGUUGCGCGGGCCUGCUACUGCUGCUGUGAGUGCUCUGAGCGGACCUGCUGGGGCGCUGCAGGCGGUGAUGAUGCGUCAGGGAGGUGUGUUGAGCCGCCCGCUUGAAAGCGUUCAGGGGGCUGUCGCUGGUGCUGCUGGUGCAGUGCAGAACGCCGCUGGGGGAGUGCAGCAAACGCUGAGCCGGCCGGUUGAGAGCAUUCAGGGCGCUGUUUCAGGUAUUGCUGGGGGCGUGCAGAGUGCGGUUGGGGGAGUGCAAAGCACACUCGGCAAUGUGGGAUCCGGUGUGCAGAGCACCCUUGGGAAUGUCGCUGGGGGCGUGCAGAGCACCCUGGGGAAUGCUGCUGCUGGUGUGCAGAGCACAGUGGGCAAUGUGGCUGGCGGUGUGGAGCAAACUCUGGGGAGCGCCGCUGCUGGUGUGCAGGGCACUCUAGGUAACGCCGCUGGCACUGCUGCUACUACUGCGGGUGCAGGUGCUGGUCCUGGCGUCGUUACUACUGUCCCCGUGGCAGCACGCUCAUCAGCAGAGAGUGAGCCGAGAGAGCCAGGAAGGAGGCUGCAGGGCAGCCCGGCAGGUACAGGCAGCACCGGCUCUGCCGCUAUUCCCACUCCCCUCCCCACCGCCCCCAUUCCCACCAUCCCCACUCCCACCACUCCCGCCACCACCCCUGCUGCGAGCACCAGCGCUGGUCCACUGGGUGCAGUGCAGCAAGCACUCUCUGGCGCCGCCUCCACCCUUCAGGGCGUUGCCUCUGGCGCCGCCUCUACUCUUCAGGGCAUCACUGGGUCUGCCGCCCAGCAGAUCACGUCUGCUGCGGGCGGCGUGCAGAGCACUCUCGGGAACGUCGCUAACGUUGCGCAGCAAACUCUGGGCAGUGCUGCCGGUGCUGUGCAGGGCACGCUUGGGAAUGUGGUUGGGGGAGUGCAGCAGACGCUGAGCAAUCCGGUGGGAUCCAUCCAGGGCGCAGCUGCUGGUGCUGCUCGCGGGGUGCAAAACGCCGCUGCAAACGUGCAGAGCACUCUCGGCAACGUUGCUGGGGGAGUGCAGCAGACUCUGGGUAAUGCCACUGGGGGCGUGGCUAAUGUGGCGCGUGCGGCAGGAGGGACUGUCUCUGGAGCUGCUACCAGUGCACAAGCAGCACUCUCCGGACAGCUCUCUGCUGCCCGGAACGCCCUGUCUGGCCCGGUUUCCGCAGUGCAGGGAGCGCUGUCAGUCCCGGCUGGUGCCAUCCAAAGCGCUGCCACCGGCGCGCAGGCAGCAGUUUCCGGUCAGCUCUCUUCAGCCCAGAACGCCCUGUUUGGCCCGGUUUCGACUGUUCAAAACGCACUGUCAGGGCCUCUUUCCACGGUGCAGGGGGCAGCAGCAGGGGCAGUGAGGGGCGUGCAGGGAGCGGUGUCAGUCCCUGCAGGCGCCAUCCAAAGCGCUGCCAGUGGCAUGCAGGGUGCAGUGCAGGGAACAGUCCAGGGGGUUCAGGCCGUUGUGCAGGGAGCCGUGCAAGGGGCGCAGGGCGCCGUGCAAGGGGCGCAGGGCGCCGUGCAAGGGGCGCAGGGCACAGUGCAAGGGGCGCAGGGCACCGUGCAAGGGGCGCAGGGCACAGUGCAAGGGGCGCAGGGCGCCGUGCAAGGGGCUCAGGGCACAGUGCAAGGGGCUCAGGGCGCCGUGCAAGGGGCUCAGGGCGCCGUGCAAGGGGCUCAGGGCGCCGUGCAAGGGGCGCAGGGCGCCGUGCAAGGGGCUCAGGGCACAGUGCAAGGGGCGCAGGGCGCCGUGCAAGGGGCGCAGGGCACAGUGCAAGGGGCGCAGGGCACCGUGCCAAGCGCUGCCUCUCUGCCCACAGCUGCCUCUCAGCUUCCUGCCGCUGCCGGCACUGCUGCUGCGGCUGCCACCGGUCCACUGGGUGCUGUGCAGCAGGCGCUCUCUGGUGCAGCCUCCACCCUUCAGGGCGUUUCCGGGUCUGCCGCCCAGCAGAUCACGUCUGCCGCCCAGCAGAUCACGUCUGCCGCCCAGUCGCUCACAGGCACCGUCCAGGGCGCAGCUGCUGGCGCUGCUGGCGGGUUGCAGAAUGCCGCUCGCACUGUGCAGAGCACUCUGGGCAGUGCGGCUGGGGGUAUGCAGCAGACUUUGGGCAGUAUCGCCGGGGGGGUGCAGCAAACUCUGGGUAAUGUCGCCACCGGCGCACAAGCAGCACUUUCCGGACAGCUCUCCGCAGCCCAGACCGCCCUGUCAGGCCCGGUUUCCACGGUCCAAACCGCACUCUCCGGACCUCUUUCCACGGUGCAGGGCGCAGCAGCAGGUGCUUUGAGGGGUGUGCAGGGUGCGCUGUCAGUGCCUGCUGGGGCGAUUCAAAGCGCUGCUACCGGUGCACAAGCAGCACUCUCCGGCCCGCUGUCUGCAGUGCAAAGCACUCUGUCAGGGCCACUUUCCACGGUUCAGAAUGCAGCAGCAGGGGCAGUGAGGGGCGUGCAAGGAGCGGUGUCAGUCCCUGCUGGCGCGAUCCAAGGGGCGGUUAGUGGCGUGCAGAGCACCCUGCAGGGAUCCAUGCAAGGCGCACAGGGCGCGCAGGCGCUCUCUGGCGCUGCUUCCACCCUUCAAGGCGUUGCCUCUGGUGCUGCCACCACCCUGCAAGGCGUUGCCUCUGGUGCUGCCACCACCCUGCAAGGCGUUGCCUCUGGUGCUGCCACCACCCUGCAAGGCGUUGCCUCUGGUGCCACCACCACUCUCUCUCGAACCACCACUGGCGCUCAGUCCCUCGCUGCCUCUGCCGCCCAGUCCCUCCCCGGCACAAUCCAGUCCGCAGCAGGGUCGGUGCAGGCAGCAGCGGGGGCGGCAGUAGGAGCAGCAACAGGGACUCUGAACCGGGUAGGGGAUGCACUCACACUCCCCCUGCGCCAGGCUGUAACGGCUGUAGCACAGCCUCUUGUAGGGGCAGCCCAGGUUUUAGCGCAGCCCUUGGGAGCGGCUGUAGCGAGCGCUGUGCAGCCGGCUGUAGCAGCUCUGCAGGCGGGGGUUCAGGGGGUUGGGGCAGGCGUUUCAGGGGUUGCUGGAGGGGUUGGGAGUGUAAUGCAGGCAGCAGGGGCAGGCGUGCAGAACGUAGGGAGAGGGGUGGUGGUAGGAGUGCAGAGCGCAGGGGCAGCAGUGGGGGAGAGGGUGCAGAGCCUUGGAGCGGCAGCAGCAGGGGGGGUGCAGAGCCUAGGAGGGAAUAUGACUGGGGCGGCAGCAGGGGCGGCAGAGGCGCUAGGCAGGACUGCUAGUGGUCUGGGCGCCGGGCUAGGGAACACCGCAGCUGGAGUUCAAGGGAGUAUUGGCCAGGCGCUCGGGGGAAUUACCCGGGCGGUUCAGGGCGGGCCCGGGAAUCUCGGGCAGGCGGUGGGGCAACUUACCCAGGGAAUUCAGGGCGGACCGGCAGUGCUAGGGGGUGUGCUGACCCGGGCGGCAGACGCGGUUACUGCAGCAGUGGGAGGGGCGGCAGGGGCGGCGGGGAAUGCUGUGACUGUAGCGGUGGAUGCUGCUAGUGGCACGAUUCGAUACAGCAUUGAGGGGAUUGGGAAUGCGUCAGAGCUGGUCUCUGCUGGGAUCUACCAGGCUGCUGGGACGGCAGGAGGAGCUGCCAGGUCAGCAGGAACCCAGGUGGUGAGCCUGUUCAACCAGGUCAACCCAGUCAACGCCCUGUCAGCAGCGGGCGGCGCACUCACAGGCACAGUAGCCGCCACGCCCAGCGCCAUCGCCAGCCUGCUGCAGAACCCAGCAGGCUUUGUCCUGCAGGCCACAACCAGGGGAGGUGCAUCUGCUGCUGCUGGCACCAACAGUUCUGCUUCUGGGGCCACCGAGACCCGUGUGGCGCCACUGAGUAUCCUCGCGCCACUUCUUCCAUCGACAAUCACCACCACUCCUCUCCCCGCUGCUGCCUCCGCGGCUCCUCGGCUCGGUGUUCGACGUCAAGCGUCUUCCUCCCCAACCACCACCACCCCCUCCACUACCUCUACCAUCAACCCCUCCUCUGUCUUCUCCUCCUUCCCUUCUUCCUUCCCAUCAUCCUUCCCCUCCUCUGUCCCUUCAACCCUCCCAUCCUCCCUCCCCUCCUCCCUCCCCUCCUCCGUCCCAACCUCCACUCCCUCCUCCCUCUCCUCCACUCUCGCCAACCUCCCCACCAACACCCCCACCACCUUCCCCACCUCCAACCCCCUUCCCGCAAACACCCCUCUCCCCGGAGGCUCCACACAAUCCUCUUCUGCUCCUGGCAUGCUGCUGGGCAUGGCUGGUGACACGGUAACCAAUGCCGCACUGCAGCUUCUGCGGGGAAUCCAGGGGGCCAUGUCUGGCUCUGGUGGUUCCAGCAGUAGAGGCGGUAGCAGCAGUGGUACCAGUGGUAACGCAGGGUUUUCAAGUGGUAACACUGGGUUUCCUAGUGGUACGACUGGAUCUGCCUUCCCUGCAGCUUCUCAAGGAGGUUCUUCUGGGGGAGGUAUUGACUGGGCUGCUGCGUUGCCGCUACUUCAAACCCUUGUCCAGCAAGCCACAGGCGGCGGUGGUAGUAACGCUGUUAGCCGUGGAAACAAUGAUGGUACACUGAAUGUGGAUUUGAACGCGUUGUUGCCCGUGGUGGAAGCUCUUAUGGGGUUGGAGACAGGGGGUGCAGUUGGAGGGAAUGCAAACCAGCUGGACCUUGGGAUGCUGAUGAAUCUGGCCGGGGCCCUUGGCGGUGCCGUGCUUGGUAAUCCAUGA